AGAGAGAGAGGAGAGACACCCAGAGAAGAGAGAGAGGAGAGAGCGAGGCAUGGUGUAGCAGCAGCAGCAGCAGCGUGAGUAGCGACAUGAGGGAUUUGACGUCCGUGGAACCGAAGCCCCUGGUGUUGGUCUGCUUCGUGUGCGGCAGCGCCGUCCCUCUGGGGCGCGAGACCUUCCUCAAUGUCACGUCAACAACAACAUCAGCAACAUCAGCAGCAACAACAACAUCAUCAUCAUCAUCGGCGGCGGCGGCGUCAAAAGUUCCACACUUUCCCUUCCUACAAUUCCAAGACGCAGCUCCCGGCGCCAGCUCCGUGUGCCUCCGCACGGGCACCGUGGUCUCCUGCGCAGUGUGCCACAGCUUCCUCGACGCGCAGUGGCGGUCGUUCGAGAGGUCAAGGACUCCACUGGACAAGAGACUAUACUGGCUGAAGAGACCGCACGAUCUGGGUGGUGGUGCUGGUGGUGCUGGUGGUGCUGGUGGUCAUCACGACGUGGGCAGGAGCUGGGAUGUGAUCGAUAAGGGGUCUCUGACACCUUCGCAAGUUCAGCAGCAGCAGCAUCAGCAGCGGCAUCAGCAGAGGAUCCAACAACAACAUCAUCAGCAGCAGCAGCAACAGCAGCAGCAGCGCUCUCAGAGCGAUGUCUCUGUGAGCAUUGAUCCAGAAGAUGACGACGAUGACGACGAUGAUUAUGAUGAUGAUGAUGGCGGUGGUGGUGAUGAAGACGGUGGUGGUGGUGGUGGAUUUCACGACAGAGUUGGCGAAAUGUUUCAUCAACGAGGAAGACAAAGACGCUGUGAGAACGACGACGGUGGUGGUGAUGGUGAUUAUAAUAAUAAUGGUGGUGGUGGUGGACGCAUCAACAUUGACAGCCAAACCCUUUUCAAUCAACGUGGGCAUGCGAAGUCAACCACCACAAGAGCCCCCGAUGACGACCGUGAUGACACCGCUGGCCACGAAGCAGCACCAACAUCAUCAUCAUCAGCAGCACCACCAACAUCAUCAUCAUCAGCUGCUGCUGCUGCUGAUGAUGAUGAUGUUGGAGGUGGUGGAGGAGCGUGCGUCUUGUGCGAGACGUGGGACAGUCGCACGCUGCUCCUGCACGCGAGUCGAGGCACCAGAGGUCUCCCAUUCUUCCCCUUCCUCGCCGUCGUCAGCCUCGCCCUGGGGCCCCCCGCCGUGAGGGCCCCCCACGCCGUGAGGGCCCCCCACGCCGUGCGGGCGCCCCCCGCCGUGCGGGCGUGCGCGCCCUGCGGCGCGGCGUUGCUCGAGCAGUGGCGGAGGCACGAGAGGGGCGGGGUCAGCGUGGAGGCGCGGAGGUACAUCGCUCGGGUGCGAGGCCAGGUGGUGGAGUUCGGGCCCGACGGCUCCGUCCACCGCCCACUGCCCAAGACCGAGUUCCCGGACGAGCCGGCGGUUCACGCCGCCGCCGCCGCCGCCACCGCCGGCGCCGCCGCCCCGAGGCUUCCCGCGUCCCCGCGCGUCGUCAAAUCCGAGUCGGAGUCCGAGCCGCCUUCUCAACAGCUGCAGCAGCUGCUGCUGCCGGCCGCAGACGGCCGACGCCGCGGCUCCUCCUCCUCCUCCUCGGCGUCAUCCGUCGUCACCCGCUGCGAGCUCUGCCGGAGGCCGCGCGACCGCGGGGAACCGAGCCCGGCACCGGAUCGCCCGUGGGUGUGCCGCCUCUGCGAUCGGGACGAGGUCACCGGGCCCUCGCCGGGGGCCUCCGGCGGGACCUCCGCCGGGGCCUCGACUGCGCCCUCCGUCGCUGGGCCUUUUGGCGCGAGCGGCCCGGCGGGUUUACCGGCGCCGGAGGUCCGCGGGGCGCCUUGCCGUCGCUGCGGCACCGCCGUGGCCGCCUCGCGGGAAGGCCCACGGUGGCCGGGGCGGUGGUCCGGGCGGCGCCGGAGACCGCGCCGGGGCGGAGCGCGGAGGCCGGAGCGAGGGCCCUCGGUGGCGAUGCGUGGCGAGGAGGUGCCGGAGGAGGACGAGGUGCCGGAGGAGGAGGAGGAGGACGAGGAGGAGGAGGAGGAAGAGAGGAUGGAAGAGGACGAGAGAGAUAUGCCGGGCUUCGUGUCCCGACCGACGUGCACCGCUUGCCAGCGGCUGGAGGCGUUUGCGGAUCCGACCAAUCAGCGCGAGGCACGGGCAGGCGGAGCAGGUGGCGACCUCCUCCGCCACCUCAACGCCCCUCGGCCAAUCAGACGACAGUAAGCGGAGCCGCGUUGUGAUUGGUCCCGAGUUUGCGAAUCCCCC